AGCCAUUCUGGCUCAAGCCAUUUUGGCUCAAGCCUGCCUUGGGCGCCAGGCGGGCGGCAACGUUGGGUCCUGCGCUUCUCGCCUGCUCAGGGGGAAGCGUUAUCCUCUUGCCGCGGCCAUGGCCCAGGCGGUGGCUACGGUCCCGCCCCCGCGGGGGGGCGAGCGCAGGCUGCUGGCGGCGAUGGCGCCGCUCGUGCAGGCCGCGGCGCAUGGGGCAGCGGCUGGAGGCGGCACCCGCGAGGUGGUGGCGGCCGCGGUGGCGGCGGCCGUCCGCACGUGCGCGGAGGUGCUGGCUGAAGGCGAUAGCGACGACGGCGAGAUCGACAAGGAGGUGGCAGUGCGCGAGGAGCUCGCACGGCCGCACCUGCGGCUCCACGUCGCCGCAGGGCGCGAUGGGGUGCGGGCCCAGCCCUCUGGGGCCUGCCGCGCAUUCCGCCACUGGGCGCUCCACGCGGGCUUCGGGGGCGGGGCGGCGGCGGCGCCUGCGACGGCGGUGGAGGCCAAGAGGCGCGUCCGCGGGCAGCGCAAGAGAGGCCGUGGCGGCCUGGAGAGGGACCCGCCGCCCGCCGGCACGCAGGAGCUGGAGGGCAGCAGCGGGGACUCCUUCUCCGAGGACGCGUCGGAGAUGCCGAACGUGCUGAGCGAGAAGGGGGAGAUGAAGGACAUCGAGGGCGCCCCAAACUGCAGGGCCACGGACGAGCUGAAGGAGAGGUCCUUGCUUAAGCCAGUGGCGAAGUAGAUGGGGGAGCCGACGGAAAAGGCCAGCGAGUACGCCCCAGGCAGCAAGGCUGAGAAGGUGGGGGUACUGGUCUCGGACACGAGCGUUGGGGACGUGCUGGGCCUGGAGAACACUCGCUUCUGCAAGGGGAUGUUUCAGUGCGACCCCGAGAAGCAUGAGGAGCUGAGGAAGCAGGGCGCGCUGGUCGGGGGCACGGUCGACAACAGCGCGGAGGCUUGCACGCAGGACUGGUUAAUCGGGGAGCUGUCCGUGGAGGUGGGCACGCAGACGGUGGACCAAGUCGAGGGCGAGGGGCAGCGGCAAGGCGUCGGCUCCGUCAAGAGCGACGCUGACCGAGUGCCGCCGCUCGAGCACGCGCGGGAGGUCAAGGUCGAUCGGUUCAUACGCGGAGACCGUGGGCGUUGGGUGGACAUGACCUUCGGCCCCGAGGACGAGCUCGACGCGGCGACCUCAACGGAAGGAGCUUUACCUGGCGGUGAAGCAGCUGGUGCUGGAGAAGCCGUUCUGGGUGACGCCUCCUUUUCCGACGUCAAGGGCAAGGGCAAGCGUAAGAAGAAGGGCAACAAGGAGGGCGUGCAGGCCGUGGUGGCACCGGUAGGGGGGAUCGCUGCUGCUGGCCGAGCAGCCCGCGGAGCCGUCCAUGUUCGACGGGAAGGCGGAGGAGAAGCAGAGGAUGCAGGCGGAGGACAUCGCGGAGCUGCGGGAGUUCGCCGCGCGCGUGGCGGCAGCCGCCCGCUCUGGGGCCCUCAGCCAAGCAGAGGCUGCGGCCAGCUCGGACUCGUUCUUCGAGCGGGCAGGGGUGCUGGCAGAGGCGGACCCGACCUUCGAGGCGCGGGGGGUGAUCGAUGCUGACGACCUCAAGGCGCCCGGCGAGGUCUGGUGAGCUUCUUUGACGUGGUCGAUUGCUCGGCGGCGGCUGGGGCUCGCUCUCCGUCCCCGUCUUCCUGGCGGUGGACGGCUCCAUAUUCCAUGUUGGAACUGGGACGCGUUCUUCGACGGCCAGUGCGGGAUCCUCAAGACAUGAGGUGAGGUUGGCCUGCCCCGCGGGCUGCCUUCUAGAUAGGACUCAGAGGAG